AUGGAGUGGGGUUACCUGUUGGAAGUGACCUCGUUGCUGGCCGCCUUGGCGCUGUUGCAGCGCUCGAGCGGCGCGGCGGCUGCCUCCGCCAAGGAGCUGGCGUGCCAAGAGAUUACCGUGCCGCUUUGCAAAGGCAUCGGCUACAACUACACGUACAUGCCCAACCAGUUCAACCACGACACGCAGGACGAGGCGGGCCUGGAGGUGCACCAGUUCUGGCCCCUGGUAGAGAUCCAGUGCUCGCCGGACCUCAAGUUCUUCCUGUGCAGCAUGUACACGCCCAUCUGCCUGGAGGACUACAAGAAGCCCCUGCCUCCUUGCCGCUCGGUAUGCGAGCGCGCCAAGGCCGGCUGCGCACCCCUCAUGCGCCAGUACGGCUUCGCGUGGCCUGACCGCAUGCGCUGCGACCGGCUGCCGGAGCAGGGCAACCCCGACACGCUGUGCAUGGACUACAACCGCACGGACCUCACCACAGCCGCACCCAGUCCGCCGCGCCGCCUGCCGCCGCCGCCUCCGGGUGAGCAGCCGCCCUCUGGCAGCGGCCAUGGCCGCCCCCCGGGGGCCAGGCCCCCGUCCCGCGGUAGGGGCGGUGGCGGCGGGGACGCAGCGGCGCCCCCCACGCGCGGCGGCGGCGGCGGGAAGGCGCGGCCCCCUGGCGGCGGCUCAGCGCCCUGCGAGCCGGGCUGCCAGUGCCGCGCGCCCAUGGUGAGCGUGUCCAGCGAGCGGCACCCGCUCUACAACCGCGUCAAGACCGGCCAGAUCGCCAAUUGCGCGCUGCCCUGCCACAACCCCUUCUUCAGCCAGGACGAACGCGCCUUCACCGUCUUCUGGAUCGGCCUGUGGUCUGUGCUGUGCUUCGUGUCCACCUUCGCCACCGUCUCCACCUUCCUCAUCGACAUGGAGCGCUUCAAGUAUCCCGAGCGGCCCAUUAUCUUUCUUUCGGCCUGCUACCUCUUCGUGUCCGUCGGCUACCUGGUACGCCUGGUGGCUGGCCACGAGAAGGUGGCGUGCAGCGGCGGCGCGCCGGGCGCGGGCGGCACGGCAGGAGCGGGCGGCGCGGCGGCGGCGGCGGGCGCGGGCGCGGCGGGCGCGGGAGCAGGCGGCCCCGGCGGGCGCAGCGAGUACGAGGAGCUGGGUGCUGUGGAGCAGCACGUGCGCUACGAGACCACGGGCCCGGCGCUGUGCACCGUGGUCUUCUUGCUCGUCUACUUCUUCGGCAUGGCCAGCUCCAUCUGGUGGGUGAUCCUGUCGCUCACGUGGUUCCUGGCGGCGGGCAUGAAAUGGGGCAACGAGGCCAUCGCCGGCUACUCGCAGUACUUCCACCUGGCCGCGUGGCUCGUGCCCAGCGUCAAGUCUAUCGCCGUGCUGGCGCUCAGCUCCGUGGACGGCGACCCGGUGGCUGGCAUCUGCUACGUGGGCAACCAGAGCCUCGACAACUUGCGCGGCUUCGUGCUGGCGCCGCUCGUCAUCUACCUCUUCAUUGGCACCAUGUUCCUACUGGCCGGCUUCGUGUCGCUCUUCCGUAUCCGCUCGGUUAUCAAGCAGCAGGGCGGCCCCACCAAGACGCACAAACUGGAGAAGCUCAUGAUCCGCCUGGGUCUCUUCACCGUGCUCUACACCGUGCCCGCCGCCGUCGUGGUCGCCUGCCUCUUCUAUGAGCAGCACAACCGCCCGCGCUGGGAGGCCACGCACAACUGCCCGUGCCUACGGGACCUGCAGCCAGACCAGGCGCGCCGGCCCGACUACGCUGUCUUCAUGCUCAAGUACUUCAUGUGCCUCGUGGUGGGCAUCACCUCGGGCGUGUGGGUCUGGUCUGGCAAGACGCUCGAGUCGUGGCGUGCCCUGUGCACCCGCUGCUGCUGGGCCAGCAAGGGCGCCACGGGGGGCGGGGGCGCGGGCGCCGCGGCCGCGGGGGGCGCCGGGGGACCCGGGGGUGGUGGGGGCGUGGGGUCCGGUGGGGGCGGGGGUCCGGGCGGUGGGGCGGGAUCCCUCUACAGCGACGUCAGCACCGGCCUGACGUGGCGAUCUGGCACGGCCAGCUCCGUGUCUUAUCCAAAGCAGAUGCCGUUGUCCCAGGUCUGAGUGGAGGGGAGGGGGCACCCGGAAGGAAUGGGGAGCGGGGCGAGGAAACCAAUUGCAGCGAAGGGACACUCGAAGGGCUGAGGUUCCCACCCCUUCACCGUGUUGAUUGCUAUUAGCAUGAUAAUGAACUCUUAAUGGUAUCCAUUAGCUGGGACUUAAAUGACUCGCUUAGAACAAAGUACCUGGCAUUGAAGGCUCCCAGACCCAGCCCCCUUUCCUCCAUUGAUAUGCGAGGAGCUCCUCCCGCCAGGCGUUAAUCUCUGUUGGCAGAGGAGGGUGGACUCUGCUGCGUUUCAGAACGCAAGGUUUGGAGCCCUCGCUGGUUGCCAUUUGCUGAGCUUGAAGCCAGAUCUACAGAUUUCACCUGAGGGACCUAUUUUUCUCCCUCGACUGUCCUACGUAAACUCUUACUCCUAACAUAUUCCAGAGGAGGGAUGACCGCGACCUAAUGGAAUUGCACGGUUUGGGUAUUCUUAAUGACCAGGCAAAUGCCUUAAAUAAACAAACAAGAAAUGUCUUAAUUAUACACCCCAAGUAAAUACGGGUUUCUUACAUUAGAGGAUGUAUUUAUAUAAUUAUUUGUUAAAUUGUAAAAAUGUGUAAAAUAUGUACAUAUCCAAAGAUAUACAGUCUGUACAUUUUUUGUAAAAAGUUUAGAGGCCACCCCUGUAAGAACAAAUAUAAGUAUUCUAUUUUGUCAAUAAAAAUGACUUUUGAUAAAUGAUUUAAGCAUCACCCUUUCCCCCUGCCUCUUCUAAGCUGUUACCUUUAAAGUGCUUGCUAAGGACGCAUUGAAAAAAAUGGACAUUUUCUGGUUUCUCAUUCUGUACACUGACCUUAGGCAUGGAGAAAAUGACCUGUUAAACUCUAGUUCUUAAGUUGUUAGCAAAGUAAAUAUCAUUGUUGAACUGAAA